AUGAGAUUAUGACAAAAGGAUGAGCACAUCCUCUCUCUCUUUCUUGUUCUUUUCCAAUAUUAUAGUCAUGAUACUUGAAAGAUUCUAGCUUGGCCCGCCUUCUUCCUUAAGAUUCAACAGUAUUGAAAGUUCCAUAAAUUUUUCGAGAACCACUUUCAGUUCUACGUAAAGGGUUCUCUCUCCUUUUCUUUGUUUCCAUGGAAGAAGGAGCAGAGAUUGAUCGAUUACCAAUUGACCUCUUGGCUCAUAUCUUUGUUCUCAUAAAUUCCUUCUCCGAUUUAGCCCAGGCCAGCAGUGUUUGCAGGAAAUGGAAAGAGGCGGUGAAGCAGUCUCUCGCCAGGAGACACAGUUUGAGCUUUGCAGGGUUGAAGAUGGAUGAUAAUUCCACUGCUCGUCUCGUGGGCUACGCUUACAGCCUUAAAGAACUCGACAUUUCUAGGAGCUGUUGGGGUUGCCAGAUAACUGACAAUGGAUUGUAUGAAAUAUCAUUGGCAAAAUGCAUCAGCAACCUGACAUCCAUAUCCUUAUGGGGCAUGACAGGAAUCACAGACUAUGGUGUUGUUCAAUUGAUAUCAAGAGCCAAUUCUUUGCAGCACCUGAAUGUUGGUGGUACAUUUAUUACUGAUGAGUCAUUAUUUGUUAUUGCAAAUAGCUGUCCAAAUUUAAAGAGCAUUGGCCUGUGGAGUUGCCGUCAUGUAACAGAGAUUGGACUUCUUAAUCUUGUAAAUAAAUGCCGGAAACUGGAGUCCAUUAAUUUAUGGGGAACCAGAGUCCCUGUAGACUGCUUCAUUGGUUUGCUUACCAUUAGUCCAGCUCUUCAAAUAAAGCAUGCAGGAUUUCUGAUAAACACUGGGAGUACAGCAAUGUUGCCUGUUGCAUGAACUGCUCAUUUGAUGUUCCUUGCUUCUCUGCACAGAUUGUUUCUGCUUUGUAUUUCUAUUUAAGGAGUCAAAUAAACUAGUAAAAUUCUUUAUCAGAAUUUGCAGUGGUGUCCAUGUCUGCAAAUUAUUUGAAACUUCGCUCUGUGUAAGAGUGAUGUUUGAUUUGUAUAGCUAUGUUUUACCUGUAAAGUUUAUGUAAAGCCCUGAAACAUUGUUGGAUGUAUCCUAUUGUUCACCAAAUAAAAAUCGAAAGGUUGUCCCUC